GUUUUAUUACUAUCCACGAGGAGAGGCUUCCCACGAAAACCGAUUCAAAGUCAGUUUAGAGGCGGAAAAGGUCCGAUGGUUUGUAGCUAUUGUCACGGGAUGCGCUUCCUCCAAAAAGGCCAAAAAGUAAACAGAUAUCGGGGUGGAAGCUAGUGGCAGCAGGGAUGAGAAAAUACUGCCGGUCAAAUAUCGCCACUUCAGUCAACGUUUGUCCUGUUGAAAUAAAACCUUGAUUUUGUUUUUUAAAGAGAGCUCACAAGACAUUCAACAAAGGGAACGGGGAAGGCAAGAUGGAGAUGCUGUGUUUCCGGUUACCGGGUCACGGGGACACGACCCUGAAGCACAUGAAUUCUCUGAGGUCCCGUCAGCAUUUCUGUGACAUCACCAUAGUGGCCAACAACCAGACAUUCAGGGGGCAUAAGGUUGUACUUGCUGCCUGCUCGCCCUUCUUGAGGGACCAGUUCCUCCUCAACCCAUCCGCCAAGCUUCAGGUGUCAAUGCUGUAUAGCUCCACAGUGGUGUGUGACCUGCUCCAGUCUUGUUACACUGGUGUGCUGCAGUUUAACCCAGAGGACAUCGUCAACUACCUGACCGCUGCCAGCUACCUGCAGAUGGAGCAUAUUGUAGAGCGCUGCCGAGGAGCUCUGAAGAAGUAUGUCCAGCUAAAGAACCCCAGUCCACCGAAGAUGACUGCAGAGGAAGGUCAGUCUCAACCGGUGAUCGUCAGUGGCAGCAUUCAUUCUGUUGCAUCUCCUCCCCCCAGCCGACCCUCCCCUGUGGAUCCACACAGUCCUGUAGUACGACCGGUGGAGGAGAACAACGGCGAUGUGUCUGCUCAGGGCAGCAGUCAACACCACGAUGACAGUCCCGUGCUGGAUGAGCCAUGCAUUAAGGUUAAUGGAUCAGAUGAGGAAGAAACCAGACAGGAGGACUACGAUGUGUUCAGAGUGUACAUUUCCGAAGAGGAGCAGAUGAACAGAGACAGGGAGGAGGAGAAAGGCGCUCCCUCUGAUGCACCUCCAGAUGCUUCUUACCCAGAGACAGAAGGUGUUGUGAUCAGAGGAGAAGGCAGUGAAUUUGACUUGAAUCAAACAGAAGAUCUCAGCACUGGAGGACUUUCAGUGGAGGGGCUCCGCGCUUUCAGAAGGCUGUCUGAGCAUAAAAUUGGCCGGGGCAGAGGGAGAGGCAGGGGGAGGGGUUUCAAAAGGAGAAGGUGGGUGUCAUCUCAGGAGAAAAGAUCCUCAGGCUUGGCUCACCACCCGGAUUUGUGGUACCUAACAACCGCUGGAUUAGGUGGGGGUAUCGGGUUGGACUACAGCCAAGAAGGGUUGAAGACAGGAAGUUACGUGUCACUCGAACUCCCGGGGUUAGACUUCAGCAUGGGUGAAGCUCAGGGAGAAAAGGGUUCGCCAAUGGCAGCCAACAGUUUGAACCAGUAUUCCCUGGAGGAAUCUAGUUGUGGUGCCGGCGAGGGGAGUUCAGGGAUGGCAACUGUUGGAACAAAUGAGGGAGGGGACGAAUCCGUCGCAGUUGUCGGGUCCACUUCAAGCGUAGCAGGACCUGUAAUCUGUGAGCACUGCGGCAUGACUUUCCCCUCAGCCCACUCACUAGCUGUCCACUCCCGCUCCACUCACUUACUGUACGCCUGCCCCUGCUGUGGCAAACACUUCCACCACUCCGCCAACCUCACCCGACACAUGGCCGUGCACCGGGGCGCCGGCAAAACCCACCAGUGCCCCCUGUGCUAUAAGACUUUUACUCAAAAAUCCACACUGAUAGACCACAUGAACCUCCACAGUGGCGAGCGCCCGCACCACUGCGCCUACUGCCAUGCCCGCUUUGCCCACAAGCCCGCCUUACGACGCCACCUGAAGGAGCAACACGGGAAAACCACGGGGCAGAACUCCCUGCAUGAGCAGGAGGAGAUUGAGAGAGCGAGAGGAGCUGCUGGAAGGAUAAGAGAGGAAGAACAGGAAUGUUUGGUUACUGAACAAGUGUCAUAGGCCAAAGACCACAAAGUGUCUAAACUAAAGCUGCUCAGGCCCGACAGCGAAUUUCGGAAAGUGCUGUAGAGUGAGGAGAUCAUUCUGUGGGAAUGAUCUCCUCACUCACUGUUGAAAACUGACUAUGAGGCCUUUUAAAAAAUCUCAGACUGUGAAAAUAAAAGCCCUGUCACAUGAAAUAUUUUUCAAAGUUGCAUAAGAAUAUGCAUACUAAGUGAUGGAUAUAUGUAAAAAUGACUGAGAUUUAACAGUCCACGACCCGUGUUCACCGAGCCAAACCUUUUUCACACCAGACAGUUUGACUUGUCAUAAUAGAAAAAGUACAGGUGUUACUAAUAACACUAACGAUUGCUCUGUUCUAGUCAAGUGUCUCGACCAUGGCUCACAACACUGAGCCAGCACAUGAACCAUAAUUGAACCCUGAAACUGAACAAGCCAAAUGGAAUUCAGCCGUCAUUGAUUUUAUUAUUUCCACCUGUGGCUUUUCCUCCUUUGCCAUGUCAAAAUAUCUGCUAUGACAAAAGCCUAUUGAGUUUAAUGUCUGUUAGAAUAGUUUGAUUAGUUUGACUGAAGACUGUAAUCUUAAACUUGAAUACAUGUAGUACACGUUGAGUGCAAUGCCUGGCCACAUUUCAAAGAAAAGAUCAUAUAAACGAGUGUAAAUAAAAUAAUUCAAAAGCCUCUUCUCUGCUCGAUGUGAACAUUGCUCACAUGUAUAAUUUCCUGACAUGGACGCAAAUUAAAGCCCCCCCCCACCCACACACACACACACACACACACACACACACACAGCCACCGUCCACCCACGCAGGUGCUUUUACUUAUGUAGCCUGAUUAUACCCGCUAUCAAAGCUGUGAUGUUGUCAGCAGACUGCUUCGUUUGUGUUGCACCUGUGAGAGCGCAGCACAGCUUACACCAUCAUUGUUAUUUGUACAUGGAUUACAGUGCAUCAUACAUAGUUUGGUCUAAUUUACCAGGGUAAUUGAAAGCACCUGUGAAGGCAUGCAGGGCCCUUAAUGAAUCACAGAGCAAGAUGUGGCUAAAAUGUGUAAAACAUUUGAAGAUCCAAUGUGACAUAUUAGAAAAUUUUAAUUGAAAGUGUAAAAUUAUUACUAUAUUUAUUAUACAACUGAAUAACUAUUACUGAUGCUUUAACGUGAGCAGCAUUUUACUGGUCUAGAUGGAGUUGGUCUGUGCUAUUCUAUGUACUGUUUGGUGGUUUAAUCUGCAGUAUAAUGAUGCAGUGUAUUUUAUAUGCUCAUUAUAGGUUUUUAAAAUCUUAAUCUUCAAAGUUAACUAUAACUGUCAGAAAUAUAGAGAAUACAUACACCACCCAAUGUCAAUCUACAAUCUGAUAUCAUUAACAAGUGAGAAAGGUAAAGAUAACUCUGAGGUCUGUAUGUUUGUUUAAUUGUUCAGUGGUGAGUGAAUGAAUAUAGGGCAUUCGUUUCGUCCUCGUCUUUUAAGUGGGUUAUUUAGACAUUUCAACAGUUUUGGGACAUAACAUCUCUAACUCUCUCUAAGAGGUAAAUAAAUUAAGAAUACUGUGAAUUUUUUCCGAGAGUUCACUGUUUGUGAUGAACUCAGGUGUUUCUGACUUGCAGAUUGCCACCAGGUGUGUAUGUAUUUGACUGUACCUGACACUUGUGUUAAACAUACCUUAAAAAUGUUGGAACAUA